CAGUGUUACAUUUUAUGGAUUGAUGAAUAAUCUUCUGAAAAUUCUCAAUUUAAAAUGUUAAGAGUAAUUCAGAAUUUGAAAAAAAAGUUGAAAAUGCCCUAAACCGCCACACUGGCAACCGUCAUGAGGAGAUAAAAGGUUUAAACUAUGAGAUAGGUUUUUCCAAUUCACGUUUUAAGAAAUCCGGCCUCUCGGAAAUAACCAGAAUAUUAUCUUCAAUAAACUUCCGUUUGAUUUUCUCAAAGCAAAAUUGUGUGUUGGUGAAGCAGCAUGGUAGUUGUUGGCUCACUGGGGGCUGCGACCCGGGGCCUGGUGACGGCAGGGCGCAGCCUAGUGACGGCGGGGACGCUGAACCUGCUGAACUUCCUGCUGGUCACACUCAUCAGGGACGUUGAUCACCAGGACUACCAACUCUUCACUCCUCUCGCUUCCCAGUACGACUUUGUCAUUGUUGGCGGUGGGUCAGCAGGGUGUGUGAUGGCUGCCAGAUUGUCUGAGGUGCCCCAGUGGCGGGUCCUGCUGGUGGAGGCCGGCCCACCACCCACCCCACAAUCAUACGUCCCUGCUCUGAUGCCGCUGUUUUUCCUGCCCGAUAACCCCUCCACAUGGCAUUACAGGUCCACGCCACAAAAACAUAGUCACAAAAAUUAUAUAAACAAAGCGGCGGUUCUGCCACAGGGCAGAGUGCUGGGCGGUGGGUCGUCAGUGAACGGGUUGGUGUACAGUCGCGGCAACCGACGAGACUAUGAUGGUUGGGCAGCCCUUGGUAACUACGGCUGGGACUACGCCUCCGUCCUCCCUUACUUCAUCAAGUCAGAAGACUACCGUGGCCCGCUGCUGCCUAGUACUGAGAAGUACCACGGAAGAGGGGGUCCCCUUGGGGUGAGUCCGGAUUCAACGGAUCCUUUGCAGCAGGCCUUUACUCAGGGCGGACACGAACUAGGCUACCCUGAUAACGACUACAAUGGACCUGAGCAGAUAGGCUUCCCCUCCCACGGAAUGUUCACCAUCCGUGACGGGGUCCGCAGCUCCUCGGCCGAGGCCUACCUCAGACCUGCCUCCUCUAGGCCUAACCUCCACAUCCUUCACAGCGCCACCGUCCUCCAGGUGGUGUUUGAUAACAAGAAGAGAGCCGUUGGCGUCAAACUGGAACACAAAGGAAAGGUGGUGACAGUCGGGGCCCGACGGGAGGUGGUGUUGUCUGCAGGGACAUUUCGGUCGCCCCACCUGUUGAUGGUGUCGGGAGUGGGACCCAAGCACCACCUGCAGCACCACAAGGUGAAGGUGGUGGCAGAUGUACCGGGAGUGGGCCAGAACCUACACGACCACGUGAUUGUCCAUGGCCUCAGCUGGACCACCAGGAAGAGCGUCUCCUUCUCUCUCCUGAGCAGCAUUCUCAGUCUCGACUCUAUUAAGCAGUACAUAGCCAACAGAGGAGGGCCGCUGGGAGAGACUCCCCCGGGUGUGGCCAACGCCUGGGUGAAGGUGACGGAGGGGGGCGACCCACACUACCCCGACACCCAGAUCACCCUCCUCCCUAUCACACCUGCCACUGAUGGCGGCUUCAUCAAUCCAUCUUUGUAUGGUAUAGACGAUCGCAGAUUCAAAAACUACCUGAAGGAAAUCUACGGCCAGGAGGGGUUCAACCUCUCACCAGUUCUUGUUCAUGCCAAGAGUCGGGGGUCAGUGUCCCUUAGGUCUAGUGACCCCAGGCAACUACCCAGUAUUGACCCAAAUUACCUCAGUCACCCGGAUGAUGUCACAGCCCUUGUUAAGAGCAUCAGGUUGACGCUGGCGCUUGGCAACACCUCAGGCUUCGUUAACGACUUCCAAGCCAAGUUCUACGAUAAGCCCCUGCCGGAGUGUGCCGGGGAGGUGGUCGGCAGCAACGCCUACUGGGCCUGCUACGCCACUCACAUGGCCUCCACAUAUAUUCACCUGGUCGACACCUGUAAGAUGGCCCCGUCAUCUGACCCCAUGGGUGUGGUAGAUUUCCACCUCAGGGUCCGCGGGGUGUCCGGGCUGCGGGUGGUGGACGCGUCCGUCAUGCCAGUCGUUACCUCUGGUAAUAUUAACGCGCCCACCAUCAUGAUAGGAGAGAAGGCCGCCGAUAUCAUCAAACAAGCUUGGAACAUUCAGAGCUAACUCGCUAUACUGCUGUGUAGUCUAGUAAAUAGCUUUCCCUAGGAACAUUACUGUCCAAUGCAUUUACUGUAUACUACAAACAAGACUUCGCAUGCCCAAAAAACCAAACGACGUCACAAGAGACGAGGCAAUUUUCCCAAAUAACACUAGAAACACAGGAUUUAUUUUUCUGUUGUCGGGGACAAAAAAUCCUGCACGUUAGGCUUGUCGAUUUCUCCCUAGCCAAUGAAUGAGUUUCUCCAAGAUGCAACCCACAACAGCUGUCUAACACCAUGGUAUUAGUAAUAAUAGCGACAAUUAAGUAUAAAAUCUCUGCAUUGCAACAGAAAACUACAUAACUAUAGUGCAGCACCAGUUAGCAAACUUUAAAGUGACGUAUAAAAAUAAUAAUAAUGAGGGGAUUAUCAGAUAUAUUGCCGUUUGUAUAUAAAUGUAAUAUAUAUAAAUGUUUAUAAAUAAUAUAUAAAUAUAUAAAUGUUUGCUUUGCUGAUGCAGAAUGUAUUAUAUUUUGUUUAUAUAUUACUGUAUAUAAUAAAAAAAAUUGUAAAUCUA